AAUUUCAAAUCGAACUCAUCUUAAUUUCAAAUCAAAAUUGAAAUCAAAUCAAAAUAAAUUUACUUCGUUUAAAUUCGAUUUAAAAGUAAAAGUUACAUUAAUUUCAAUCGAAUUUGUUUUUAACAUUGGCCCAUCGCUGCCACGCGAAAAUGAAAUCAAAUUAUAUUUCGUUUCGGUACACGUUAUAUUUGAUAAACAAAGAUGGCGGCUUCUCCAGCGUGGGAAAAUGAUAUCAAUCUUGAAGAAGCAUUGAAGAAACUUGUCAGGCAAAAUUUACCUCGGCGUGAUAUAUUGAACUACAUUAUAAUUAAUAAAUAUACAUUAAUUAAUAUACAUUAUAAUUGGAGCAUAAGAACAAUUGAUAGAAGAUUGCGCCACUUCAACAUAUACUAUUCGGAUACAACGGUAACUGUUGAAAAGGUGCAAGAAGUUGUCAAAGAUGAGUUAGAAGGGCCUGGAAGACUUUUAGGAUAUCGAGCCAUGCAACAAAAGGUUCGACAAAAACACCUCUUGAAUGUACCAAGAGCACUGGUGUAUGACGUGAUGUAUGAUCUUUCACCAGAGGACCUUGCAAAUAGGCGACCAGGUCAUAAAGAAAAAAAGGAGAAGAGUAAUUUUGUUACAAAAGGCAUAAAUUGGGUAUGGUCAUUAGAUGGUCAUGAUAAACUGAUGGGGUAUCAGAAUUGGACAUUCCCAUUGGCAGUGUAUGGGUGCAGUGAUACAGCUAGCCGUAAACUUCUUUGGUUGCGUGUAUGGGAUUCAAAUUCCAAACCAGAAUUGAUCGGUAAAUGGUAUUUAGAGCACUUAUGUAAAACAAACAUCAUCCCUGCAUAUAUUCGCAUCGACAAGGGAACAGAAACUGGCGUUAUGGCCACAAUGCAAUCACACUUGAGAAGAAAUUGCGAAGACCUUGACGAUCCCACUGAAUCAGUGUGCUAUGGACCAUCAACUUCAAAUCAAAUUGAACGUUGGUGGAAAGAGCUCCACGAGAGACUUGAGAAAUAUUUCAAGGAUGGAUUACAAUGGCUGACAGAAGAAAGACAUUAUGACCCACAUAAUGAAGCAGAUAGGAAUAUUAUGAAGUACGUUAUGAUACCACUUAUCCAGAGAGAAUUGGACGAAUUUCGAGAAAUCGUGUGGAACACUCAUCGCAUAAGGAAACAAAAAAAUACCAUUUUGCCUGAUGGUAUACCAAACCACAUAUACGAUUUUCCACAAGAAUAUGACUUAUUGGAAUGUGGUUUUCCUGUGAACGACAAAGAGCUGGAAGAUGUAGCAGACUUAUCAAAUGUACUGAGUGAAACAACUGAAGAUUACAUUGAUGAAGCAUUCAGAAAUAAAUGUCAAAACAUACUGCCAGAUCCUGCAAAAAUCUCCGCAACCAAAUAUGUAGAGUCUUAUUUACUGUUGAAAAGUAACAUUACAUAACUUUAUCAA